AUGGCUGGGACAGGAAAAUCAACUAUUUCUCGAACAGUGGCAAAAUUAUUCAGCCAAGACAAGUCGCUCGGGGCAAGCUUUUUUUUCAAGAGGGGUGAGGCAGGUCGAGGGAAUGCUAUGAAGCUUUUCACGACAAUUGCAUGGCAAAUAGCAAUAAGCAUUCCUCAACUACUGCCUUUUAUCCAAAAGGCUGUUGAUGAUAAUCCGGGAAUCACGACGAAGGCGAUGACAGAGCAGUUCAAUAAACUACUGCUUCAACCAAUGCUAGACUUAGAAAGACUCAAUCUCCCUAUCCAGACCAUGGUGAUAGUGAUUGACGCACUGGACGAAUGUGAAGGAGAAAAUGACAUACGUCAAAUUCUCUGCGACUACGAAUUUUUUUUAACUAGCAGACCUGAAUUACCGAUCCGCCUCGAAUUUUCAAAGCUUGCGAACCACGAUCAUAUAGACUUAGUUCUACAUGAUACCCCAAAAGAGGUUAUUCAGAACGAUAUAUCUCUAUUCUUGAACCAUCGAAUUUCUGAUAUUAGGAGAGGACGUCUCCUGCCUAUAGAUUGGCCUGGGGAUAUAAAUCUUCGAAACUUAGUGUCAUUAUAUACUCCGUUGUUUAUCUUCGCUGCUACUAUUUGCCGCAUUUUCGAGGACUCAUUUUGGGAUCCGGAGGAUAGCCUUGCUGAGAUCCUUGCACAUCGAAAUGAUGAACCUAAAUUAGAUGGGAUAUAUCUUCCCCUGCUUAAUCGGCUCCUGAAUGGAAAAACCGAGGAACGGAAAAAACAACUGGUUCAAGAAUUUCACCAAGUGGUCGGUGUGAUCGUGAUACUGGAGAGCCCGCUGCAAGUGAGCUCACUUUCCAGACUUCUCGGCAUCUCCGAGAGGCUUAUCCAUCUUAGACUGAAUCCACUAUACUCAAUUUUGAGUGUGCCAGAUGAAGAAAAUUUACCGGUACGGCUCUUUCACUUAUCUUUCCGGGACUUUCUUCUAAAUCCGGAAACUCGUAAGCGAACUCCCUUUGGGGUGGAUACGAAAGAGAUGCAACAUAGUUUGACUAUGAAAUGCCUUCUUAUGUCCCAAAAUCUACAGAAAAACAUUUGCAGAUUACCGAGUGACGGAGCUCAACAUGCAGAUAUUGAUUAUAGGACUAUCAACCACUAUAUAUCUCCAGAAUUGCAAUACGCCUGUCGGUAUUGGGCACAUCAUUUAGUGCAAAGCAAAAACCUACAUGCCAUGAUACACGAAGCGUACCUAUUUCUUCAGAAUCAUUUUCUACAUCGGAUGGAAGCAAUGAGCAUUUUGGGUCUUAUUGCUGAAGUUUUGGGGAUCAUUCAUCUACUGCAGUCAGCCAUAUAUAUGAGUUAA